ACUUCUAUUUACCUAAGUAAAUGCUACUCAAAACACGUUUAUUUUGCACACCUAGAUUCUAUUUCUACCCUAUUAAAGAAAUAAUGAAGAGUUUGACAAAUAGACACAAUCAAAUAUCUAAUUUUGAUUUAGGAGAAGAAACCAAUUAAACUGGCUCAUAUUAACCGUAGAUUUAUAAAUGUAUAGGAGGAAGUUAUGUCUUACCUUGGAGUCACAGUUUGUCUCUAGAUAAUCUUUAGGACUUUAAUUUUAUUAUUGUGCCCAACCGGAAACAACAACCACAGCUGAAAUUAGGCAACUCUGGAUGAUGUUUUUGAUCAAAUUCAACACUCGGGGUCUGUAUGUAUAAUUCAGCUGUGAGUGUCGGGCUUUAUGUUUUCCUCUCUCUGUCUUCCUCUCUCUGUCUUCCUCCUUCAACCUCUCGCUGGUACCGAAAGUGAAAGAAGACUGCAGGAGUGUGUCGGAUAAUCCGCAGGGCUGAAUCCAUACAUCUGAAAAAAACCUUCAGACAUCUAAAAAUGUCAAAACUCUCAUUGAAAAGACAUCAGUAUGAAUCAUGACCUAGUGGAAAUGUUCAGAGAGAAACUAGACAGCUUCACUAUCUCAGUUACGUGUCCAUUAUGUCUUUAGAUUACCAUGGUCUGAACAGUCCAGGUCUGACAUGCUAUUUGAACAGCGUGCUUCAGGUGCUUUUCAUGACCGAGGACUUCCGGGAGGCUGUGAAACGAUGCUGCAGUAAAGCUUCAACAACCAUUGACCCACAGCUGGGAAGACUUUUUGCUGAUCUGCAGAGAAGUAUGGCCAAAACAUGUGACGUCAUAAACAAACUGGGGAUCAUGAAUGUAUAUGAGCAACGUGAUGCUGCUGAGUAUUUUGAGAGGAUCCUCUGUCGGACCAGUCCGGAGGCAGCCAAGAUAUUCAAGGGAGAGCUGAAUCACAAGACUGAAUGCCUCAAGUGCAAAGAGAGGAACGAUUCCAGGAGCUCUUUUUGGUUUCUGCCACUUGUGGUGGAAGAUUUGCACUGUCAAACCUACAGUGUGGAGGAAGGGUUAAAAGCAUUCUUCAAGGGAGAAAAAGUCUGCAGUGACAACAAGAUGUUCUGCAACCAGUGCAAUAAAAAGCGAGAUGCAGACUUUGGAUGUGAGAUAACACACCAUCCAGAGAUUCUGACCCUCCUGCUGAAGAGAUUUAACUUUGACUACAAGCGCAGGUGUUACGUCAAGCUUCACUGCAACGUGGACGUCCCCCAAACUUUACACACAAAGAAUUGCAAAUACGACCUCUACGCUAUAGUUAACCACUUUGGUAAUUUAACUGGAGGCCAUUAUACUGCAUAUAUCAAAUCUUUUGAAACUCACGUGUGGUAUGACUUCAAUGACGACAUUGUUAACAGGGUCAAACAACCACGGUUUGGGGCUGGAGACAAGUCUUUAAGGUCUUAUACAGCUUACCUCCUCAUGUACAGGAAGGUGAGCAAAGAUCCUGAAAAAACUGAUGAAGGCAACCAGGAGGCUCUCUGCCUACAUUCUGAUGUUGAGGCUGAAGUAAGACAUGAUGAGGCAGAGAGAGGAGAUGCUCUCGUUCCUCAUCAUCAAAUGAAAGAUGAAAGCUGCAACGGAGGCGGAAAGAUUAAGCACUUAAAUGACAAUAUAUUGAAGAACUGCACUGAUACGGUUUGGAAGAAACCUACCAACCUUUCUGGGGAACUGGAAAAACAGCCUAGCCAGAGAGCAACAUGUGCGAGGACACAUAAAGAGAGUUUUCUUUAUACAGACACUGGAGCAGAUGGAGACAGUCUGCAAAGAAAAAGGUCAGACUUUGCAAAGCUAAAAAAAGAUGGAGGACCAAAAAGUCAUGAGCCAAUCAGACAGCAGCUUGAUACAAACUCAAAGGAGCACAUGUGGAAUCUGAACACCAGAGGGACCCCCACAACACACCAGUUAGGCCGUAUGUUAGAGCAAAAGCAUUCAUCCCCAAAUAAAAGACCAUCCAGGAAAACACAGAACAAUAUUGUUGCAGAAACUGGAACAAGUAUGACUGAUAGUACAAGAAAUAGCAUCAAAUCUGCAGAAACUACAGUUGUAAAAAACAAAAGGGCACUGGCAGAGGUAAAAUUAGAAGUAUUAAGUGCUAAACAGAAAGGAGGCGUUGGUGUGUGCAAAAAAAUGUGUGAUUCUGAUGUGAAUUCAUUUCAUGUUUCCUCCAAUGGCUACUCUUCUUCUUUAGUUCCAUUAUACUUGACAGGACACUUGCAAGGCCAGUUUAAAAUUAAAGAACCAACAGGGUAUAACUAUCUACCAAACCUAUGCAAUUGUUCAAAGAGAGACGAGGAGAGAAUGCACCAUGCUGUAACUGCAGACAGAAGCUGCAAACCGGAGCCCAAACUAACUGUGAAAAAGUUAGGACAAACUCCAAGUCCUAGAGAGAGAAAAAAGGCUGUAAAGAGUAGGGACAACACAAAAAGAGAGCCAUGGAAGUAAUGAAUAUCACACUCAGAAAUACCUAAAGAAAAGUUACAAAUGUGUCAUCAUGUAUGUAGGUUACUUAGUUGGAUAUUAAACCACUUAUCUAGUAUUAAUAUGUCAUCAUCAGUGUAAUUGUUCAGUGUUAUUUUGGGACCACCUGAACUCAUAGAAGUCACUACAGCUCCUCCUGGGCCUCUGCAAAUGUUCUGCAUGAAAGGUCAGAGAGGUGUGCAUAUUUUCACUUUUCUAUACCUACAUGGGCAAAGACUGACCAAUUUUAAGCUAUGCUACAUGACAGUUUGUAAAAUAUCUAUUUGAUAUUUGGAAUUUUAUUCUGCAUGUGGGUAAAUGUUAAUAUUUAGCUGUUUUUCCAAAAUACUGUAAAUAUAUUCAUACACAUGCAGAUGUUAGACAUCAAAUAGACAUAGUAAGUGAGUAUGUAAGUAAGUGAGUAUGUAAGUAAGUAAGUAAAGUUUAUUAAUACAUCCUGCAUUAUUUAAAGGGAAACUUAAUUAAUUAUUUAUCAUUUCAAGUAAAUUACUGGCUACUGAGUUACAUUACAUGUCGUAAUUAUACAACAGCAUACUAUACAUCACAAUGCUUUGAUGUAAAGUCACAGUUCAAUAGAGUCAUUUUAGAGCAAAAGUUGACAAAUGAAAGGUUGGUGUAUGUUUCUUUAAUUUUUAAAGGAUGAAAGUGAAAGUACUUUUGGUCUUUGUGCACGGGCCAAGGGGGGAGUUCAAGUCUUUAGUUCAAUACAGGUAUCCUCAUACAGGUAUCAAACUUCUAAACCUAGGACAUCAACUGAAUUUUCAGCUACGCUACAUAUUUUUCUAUAUGUAAAAUAUUUAUUUUAUAUUUUGAAUAUUAUAUUGCAUGUAAAUCAUACAUGUUACUAUUUUGCUGUUGUUUAACCCUGUCCAUACAAUAAAUGUAUUUACAUACA